CCCUCACUGCUCUUGUGUUUUGCAGGCGUAUAUGUAUAGCUGAGGCUUUCCUGACUGCUGACACCUGCCUGAGUACAUUGCAGAAUAUAUCCGAAGGACUGGUUGUCUAUCCAAAGGUGAUUGAGAAGCAUGUGAAGCAGGAGCUACCUUUCAUGGCAUCGGAGAACAUCAUCAUGGCCAUGGUCAAGGCUGGGGGAAACAGACAGGAAUGUCAUGAGCACAUCCGCACCUUAGCCCAGGAGGCAGGAGCUGUGGUCAAGCAGCAAGGAGGUGAUAAUGACCUGGUGGAGAGAAUAUGCCAAACUGACUACUUUGCUCCCAUCCAUGGCAAGCUGAAUGAGCUCCUGGACCCUGCGACGUUCAUUGGACGUGCUCCUGAACAGGUGACGCGAUUUCUAAGUGAAGAGGUGCAUCCUGCCCUCCAGCCCUAUCAAGACAGCAUGGACCAGCAGUCAAAGCUAAAUCUAUGAGAGUUCUGGACUAAAUUGCGAGGGUUGCACUCCAGGGUGUAUGCAUAGAGCUAUAUUAAAAUACUAGAGCGCUACGGUAGCUUCUCGUUCCCCCACAUGGAGAUACUUUGAGGCCAUCCUGAGUGCAGACAUUUUGAAUUCAUGAGAAUAUUUGUAGAACAUAAUAACAUCACACAGAAUGAUUUCGGAUAAUGUACUCUAAAUGCAACGGGCAAGUACAACGUAAAAGACAACGUAAGCGACAACGUAAGCGUGUUUUCUGUGGACAACUAUGCGUGUUUUCUGUGAGUAUGACGGUUUAAAAAUGUCCAGGCAAAAAUCAUCUGCAUUGCCUACAUGCACUUGUUUGCAAAAGUUUGCACAGAACAAAAUGAAAUGCUCAUUGACUAUUCACGUACCUCUGUGAGGUCGUGUUUUCUGUAUUUGAAAAAUGUUUUUUGUGCUGCCACAAUUCGGUCCAUUCAGUGCCUUUUGUUAUUUAAUUAUCUUCUUGAGAUCUUUCAAACCAGGUGUAUUUUUGGCAUACCAGUUCAAACAUUUUCAUGGUUUGGUUUCCAUUUCCUAACAUUAACUUUGUUUUAUGCGUUGUGGAGAAUGGAGAAUUGCAACAGAUACCCGGCGCAACACUCAAACAUGUCAAGGUUGAUAGUAUUCCAGUUUUUGGUACGUUAUUGUAGAUUCCACAAAAUUUCAAGCAAGGUGCGUUUGUUUGCUUAUCAGUUCUGCAAAAUUUCUGGUUCUGAAAUUUACUAGUCCUCAUUUUCAUGAAGAUGAAUUUGCAUUAUGUGCAGUGGUGAACUGAGAAUUGCAACAGGUUUGUGAAGCUAAAAAAUAGGAAUUUGAUUAACUAAUGUAAAAGUGUAAAUUCACUAAAUGACCUUUAAGUUAGCCAGGAUUAAAUUAGUCGCAAUCAGAGACCUUGGUGUGAUAGAGAUGGCAACCCCACACGGCAUGUACAGAAUUUCACUUAUGGAUGUCAGAAUAAACUGCUUCAUCUUUUUGGUGUCCUCAUCCUGAGGCAUUUAAUGUGGCUUCUCAAGGUUGCUUGUCUUUAACCCUCAACAAAUAUUGACAUCUGCCACGUGAAGAAGGUAGUCUCGCAGUAAGUCUUCUAAGACGGACAUAAAUCUGUCUACAUGUAUCUCUUCAGCGUCUUGCUUUCUUCCUUGUAUUAUGUGUACAGCCUUCAUAACCUUCAUAACGAUAUCCCAAUCCAAGCCUUGACCCUAACCCUCCAGGGUGUUUUGGCUAGAAACCAAACAAGAUUAAACAAGGGGAAGAAGAUGAACUCAAAAUGUACAGCCCUCUCAUGGCAGAGCCCAUGGUCUUAUGGUCAGCAUGGUUAACAGCAUGGUUAACAGAUGAUUUGCCUCUUGAAGGGCUGGCCUAUUGCGCGGUCGCAAGAUCAGGAUUUCUGUCUCAGACAUCAGUUGGAGGAGAUCCUCGACUGGAAACUGAUGAGGGUCUUCGAAGCGGUCGAGGACCAACUCCAACGUACAACACUGUGGUGAAUUCCCAAGUGGUGUGCCACGGCCUUAGAGGUAACUCCAAUACCCAUGGCAUGUCAGUCACGGCAGCAGGCUGUCGUGACUGACAUUUUCCAACUCUGGGAUGAGUGUACGUACUGUUGUAUGAGCUCAAGCAUAGCUUCUGUUUCACAUGGGUACUCUACGUUGAAAUUGUAGAAUGCAGCAUUGAGCAGGCAGAGAGCUUGAAGAGGUGAUGCGAUUGACUUGUUGACAAUUUUCUGGUCAAUGGCUAGCAUAAACGUCUUUGUGGUUAGAGCAAACCUAUACUAAAAACACUAAAAAUACAUUGAAACCUACAAGUGAAACUUGGCUCUGCGACAUAUGCACUGGUGUUGGUAGCUCAAAUCAGCAAGAUCCCACAGACUUGACACCUGAUGCACUGUGCUGCAUCUGGCAGGGUUAGGGUUAAGCCUGCCCUUGGGCCAUUGUCUUCUUUUUCUGUCAUGCAGACAUUUGCUGCAACUUGAGAAUAAGGUGUCGAUUGCAUAUUAUGCAUGAUGACUAUCAUGUCUUUUUGACUUUGACCAAAGCUUUUUGUUUGUAACCCUUGGUUCACCUUCAUCAAGCAGGAACCAAUUUCAAGUAUCGACUCCCUCUGAAAGCAUACACUGAUUUAAAUUCAAGGACUUUGCUUGCACAAAACUUAGUUUAUUUAUUAAUAGUAUGUAAAGUGGAACACAAUGAAAACUGAAAUAGUUAAUGUACUUGAAGUCAAAGUAUGUACAGUAACCUCGGACCAUAUUGAGGUCAGGGUUACAUGUUCAACAUGUAUGAUUAAAGUUAUGCAGAGAUUUCCCACAUUUAAUGAAACCUGUUAAAUAUCUCAGCUUGAAACUUUUCAUCAUGAACCUCUGGAUCUACCUUAAAUGACGAAAGAAGAAUUGAUAUCACUUUACAGGUAAUAUCAUGGCACAAUUUCUUUGUGUCUCCAGAUGCGACAUUUACUGUAAAAACCCUACGAGUUUCUUGUGGUUCGCUGGGUGUUGGUGUAUCCUAAUUAACAAAUAUACACAGGCAAUCACAUGUAAAUAUUUUGACAUUAUAAAUGUGAAAUGAAUAAGAAACAAAAUAAGUUAAAAUGCCACAUUUGCCUUUGAAGUUGUAUUAACUCCAAGCUUGUGAUAGCUCUUCCAAGGUCAACCUCCUGAUGGGGCGUUACAUGUAUGUGUAGCUAGCUAACAAGUUAGCUUUCGUAAAGACAUCCAUGGAGCUCCCGGAUAAUCCUGACUCCAUGUUCCUCUUAAAUGUUAGCCAUUGACUUGGUAUUUCCCAAGGUGAACCUCAACAUUCGUUGCUGGAUUUUGGAACAGUUUCGUUGAUACCCAUGAUGCAUUUCACUUUUAUAAGCUGCGUGCUGGCUAUAGUGACCCGUUUGUUGGAACUUUGUU